CAUUUGCACAUUCAUUUUUUGUUGCAAAGCCGCCACACACCGCCGCCGCGAUCGAAAAAUUCGCAGCCAAUUUUUCGCGUAUUUCCAAGUGCCGUCGAUCGGGAAAAUCGCGGAUUGUCGCGACGAAAAUAGCGUGCAGAUUUCGGCGAAUUCGCGUCACGUCGCAAGUGCCGUGUGUGAUUGGGUGUGCGGAGAGCUAUGCGAAAAUAGUUUUGGUCUUUGUCGAUUGCAACUUUUGACAGCGGCUCCUUGUUGAGGGAAAAACUCUUCCCUUUCUUUUUUUUGUCGGUGUUCCGUGGGCAACCCCUCUGGCAGGACACGAGAUGGCAUCUCCGCUGGAACAUUACGUGAACCACGUCCGGACGAUGAGCAGCGCCGGUAACUUCCGGGAGCUGGUGGAGUAUCUGCUCGAGUCGACUGAGCUGCUGGCCAAAAAUGGGAACAUCCUCGAUAACGUGCUGGAAACGCUCGACAUCCAGCAGCACUCGCUCGGGGUGCUGUUCGUGCUGGUCAUCAAAUUCAGCGAACCGAAUAACCAUGACGACACGGAGAACGUUCUGCGCGUCGUUCGCGAGUUUAUCACGCUGUGCAACGGCGAACAGGUCCGCUUCGCCACCCAACCAUACUUUGAGCUCUGCCACCAGUUCACGUCGGCACUGGUCAAGAACAAACAGUACACGAUCCAGGGCAUCCAGGUGCUGGCGCUGGCGGUCGAGAAGAUCCGGAUGUUCGACACCCAGCUGACGCCCGUCCACGCGGACCUGUGCCAGCUGUGUUUGUGCGCGAAAGUGUUCAGCCCGGCGUUGCGCUUCCUGGACACGGACGUGACGGCGAUCGCCAACACUGAGGACAGCAACCACGACACCAAGUACUUUCUGCUGUACUAUUACUACGGGGGGAUGCUGUACACGGCGGUCAAGAACUACGAACGGGCGCUGUACUUCUUCGAGGUGGCCGUCUCGACGCCGGCCCUGGCCAUGUCGCACAUAAUGCUCGAGUCGUAAAAGUACAUCCUGGUGUCGCUGAUACUGCACGGGAAGGUCGUCCCGAUACCGAAGUACUCGUCCCAGGUCAUCUCGCGGUUCAUGAAGCCUCUGAGUCACGCGUACCACGACCUGUCCAGCGCGUACAACAGCUCCAACAGCGACGAGGUGCGGAACGUCGUCAACAAGUACCGGGACUCGUUCCUGCGGGACACCAACAUGGGCCUGGUGAAGCAGGUCGUGUCGUCGCUGUACAAGAAGAACAUCCAACGUCUGACGAAGACCUUCCUGACGCUGUCGCUGGCGGAUGUGGCGAGCAGGGUGCAACUGUCCGGACCGGCCGAAGCCGAGCGGUACAUCCUGAACAUGAUCAAAUCGGGCGAGAUCUUCGCGUCGAUCAACCAAAAGGACGGCAUGGUGGUGUUCAAGGACGACCCGGAAAAGUACGACAGCCCCGUCAUGUUCCACAAGGUGCAGCAGGAGAUCACGCGCGUGAUGGGCCUGAACAAGCAGAUUCUCAAGAUGGAGGAGGACAUCAUGCUCAACCCGGUGUACGUCAAAAAGUCGAUGGGAAAUCAGGAGGAUGACGUGAUCGGUGGCCAGCACUCAAAGUCCUACUCUGGGGAUCCCACCGAAUAAUGCAGCCAUCGGGUGGACUCGACCCAAACGACUGACACUGGAAGCUAGCAGAAACAGCAACAGCAGCAGCAGUAGAAUAGAAGUGAAAUCCAAACUUUUCUCUCCGAACGGCUGUUACAACAAACACUCACACACAAAGUUACAGUUUAAAGAUGACAUGUAAAACACGACAAAAAAAAAGAUCGUCGUCGAUUACUCCCACACAACAUAAUUCACACGCAAUCGAACAAUAGAAAUAAAUACACUGAAACGCAUUCAAGUACAGCUUUCACUAGCGAGUAAAACAAGCUUUGAUGCAAUUACAGCGCGCGAAGAAACAAAGAAAAGAGUGAAUUUAAAAAUUCAGUGGAAGGAAAACAUACCCAAGUGAUGAUCAAUAGGCGCGUUACAAAUGUGCUUGCUCCCGAUCAAGUGAAGUGAAGUUAAUGAGUUACAGACAGAGAAGUAGAAGAACCGAGUUCGUUUGUGUGCGUGCGUGCGUGAGAGUGAGUGAAGAAAUGAGAGAGUUUUGAGUUGAAGUGGCGUACGAGAUAAACAAAAAAAAAAACGCUAAUUAAAAAUGCAACCUGUAAAUCGAACGAAGGAGAUUUUGGAUAGAAUUCUCUCAAUAAAAAUAUGAAAGAUAGUGUAAAACAUUGAAGGUA